AGUAAAACCCCAAACCUCAUUUCACUACUCGUACGAUAAGAUAUUCAAUAAUAAUUUGGGGCAAAUCUGAAAUCGGAGAUUCUAGGGUUUCCGACUCAUUUAUUCCCAAUUUUGUACUUGAUUGGCCGUUGUCUCUCUCUGAUUUUGAUUAUCUAGUUGUUGAAUUUUCCGCUCGAUACCCAUAUUUUCCAUAUUGAUACCCUUUCGUGACAUUGACGUUGAUCUCUGAAACUCGGAGAGCAUUCUUCAAAGAUUCGAAAACCAGAAGUCUAUGACUCUACAAACACUUGACUCCAAUCCGCUCGGGCUAUAUUCAGUGGCAAUUGUUUGUUGAUCCGGAUUUAUGAGGAAGAAAAGGAAAGGAAGUGAAGGUGAUCAGUGCCCAAAUAUACUGGAAGAAGUAGCGCCAGCUCGUGAUGCACGAUCAUCAAAUCUUAGGUCUCAUUAUUCGCUAGAAGAUUAUGCGAGGUUAAAGAAGAGGUGCAAAGAAGAUGCAGACACUGAAGCUAUUAAUUCUUUCAAAAGUAGGCUUGCAGGCAUUGCCACUGCUCCACCUUGCGGUGCCUCAUUAUUGGUGCCACCAGGAAGGGGCCUUAAGAGGAAGAUAGGGUGCAUUGAUGUUGCUACCCAGAUGGGUCGGAAAAACAAGAUGGAAGAUGACUAUUUUUCAGGUGCCACAAUUGGGCAUGGUAAAUUUGGGUCUGUUUGGUUGUGUAGGUCAAAGGUAAGUGGGGCAGAAUUUGCAUGUAAGACUCUGCAGAAAGGUGAGGAGACUGUUCAUAGGGAGGUGGAGAUAAUGCAGCACCUGUCAGGGCAUUCAGGAGUUGUGACGUUGCAUUCUGUGUAUGAGGAGACAGAGUGUUUUCAUCUUGUCAUGGAAUUGUGCUCUGGAGGACGUUUGAUUGAUCAGAUUGUGAAGGAGGGACGGUAUUCGGAGCAGCGUGCUGCUAAUAUAUUCAAGGAAGUGAUGUCUGUUGUUAAGUAUUGUCAUGACAUGGGUGUUGUACACAGAGAUAUAAAGCCGGAGAACAUAUUACUCACAACAAUGGGGAAGAUAAAGCUUGCAGAUUUUGGCCUGGCAAUGAGAAUUUCAAAUGGUCAAACGUUGUCUGGUUUAGCUGGAAGUCCAGCUUACGUUGCCCCAGAAGUUCUGUUGGGGGAUUAUUCGGAGAAGGUUGACAUAUGGAGUGCUGGAGUACUCUUGCAUGUGCUUCUGGUUGGAUCUCUUCCAUUUCAGGGAGACUCCUUACAGGCAGUUUUUGAGGCAAUAAAAAGUGCGACGCUUGAUUUUAACUCAGGUGCAUGGGAGUUAAUAUCUAAACCUGCACGUGAUUUGAUAGGAAGGAUGCUUACAAGGGAUGUUAGUGCAAGGAUAACGGCUGAUGAAGUGUUGAGGCAUCCUUGGGUUUUGUUCUACACAGACCGCACUUUGAAGACAUUAUCUAUCAGAUCAAAAUUGAAGAAUCAAGCAGGGGAACCUUCUUGCCAACUAGCCGGUGCACGUGACCUGAAGUUUGACAGAAACAAGAUAAAUUGUGGUUUCAUUGGCAAGGGUUUGAUUUUGCAUUCAUUGUCAGAAAGUUCAAGCUGUGAGUCAGUAGAGAAGGAUGAAAGUGGUUUUGUUGAUGCACUUGCGGUGGCAAUUUCUAACGUGACAAUUUCUGAACCAAAGAGGAGUAGGCUGUGUGGGCCGACAGGCCAGAUCGAGCAGCAGUAUUCGUCAAACUUGACCGCUAGCAAUCUUUGUAGAGCAUUUUGAUCCUGCUGACAGACCGACUCCUCUAACGUCAUUAUAUCCAAUGCUUUUUAAUUGGGGACUGAAGAUUAGCCUUCACCGUUGCAAAUUUAUGUGGGGAAAGACCAUUACCAAGCCCAGAUAACUGUGUCUUGUAAGUAUGGUGUCAUUUCUUGUCAAUGGAUUCGACUGUAAUUCAUUACUUGUUCAUGUUUAUGGUGUUAACCCAAUAAUGGUACUGGAUUAACUAAGAAAAUUAUGUACAUAAUCUGUAAAUACAAGGGUGUCUUUCUGCCAGAUUUAAAAAAAAGGGGGUCUUUCUUAAA